CCGGACGCGGCCGAGCCGAGAAUUCCACGCCGCGCCCGCGUCCACUCGUGUCGCGUCGCGUCGCGCUGCACGCAUCAGCGUCACGUGACGGUGGCGGCGACGUCUGGCGCUACAAGAAGCCCCGCCCGGCUUUCCCAGCGUCGAGCGAGAGAGAUGGAGCAGCAGCAGCGCGACGGCGAUGGCGGCGCGGCGGAGGCGGACAUCGAGCGGCUCCCCGCCGACCUCCUCGCGCACGUCCUCUCCCUCCUUCCCACCUUCCGCGACCUGUCCAUGGCGGGGGGAGUGAGCCGGAGGUGGCGCCGGGCGGUGGAGCGGUCGCUGGCGUCGCGGCGGCGGCUGAGCUUCGCGGGGCAGCGCACCGGCGACGACACCGCCGCGCGCCUCGUCCGCGCCGCCGUCAACCUCCGCGACCUCGACAUUUCACGAAGCUGCUGGGGCUGCCAAAUCACCGACGAAGGCUUGAUCAAGAUUUCUUCCGCGGAUUGCGUCGGGAACCUCACGUCCAUAUCGUUGUGGGGAUUGGCUGGAAUUACAGACAAGGGCGUUGUUCAGCUGGUUUCAAGGGCUUAUUCUCUUCAGCACCUGAAUAUUGGUGGGACAUUUAUCACAGACGAAUCACUGAAUGCAGUCGCAAAUAGCUGCACAAAUCUGAAGAGCAUCAUCCUGUGGAGCUGCCGCCACGUGACGGAGGCCGGGCUGGUGGCGCUGGUGAACAAGUGCCGGCGGCUGGAGUGCAUCAACGUGGGCGGCAUGCGGGUGCCGCCGGAGAGCUUCGUGGGCCUGCUCUCCAUCAGCCCCGCCCUGCGGAUCAGGUCCAUCCCCCAGAUCCUCAACGCCGGGCUGCAGGUCUCUUGAUGCCUGUCUGUCCACGGACAAGCUAGGAUCACCAAGCCAGCCAUGAGCCCAUCACUGGAUCAUGGCAAGAAUUGUCAGAAGGGAUACAUGAAAGGAUCAAUUGUUUGUUCACUUGUUUGUGUUGUCUUGAUUGUUACUCCAAAAAAAAUUGAUUGUAUCUUAAAAUUGUACCAUCAUGACAGGCACAAAGUAAAUGGUACCAUCAGAACCACAGAUUGUGCUAGUAAGGGCAUACAUGUGCUAUGAACCAUAUAUCAUACAUAUAAAGUUUAGUAAGUUACAGUGCAUUUAUA